AUGAGAUGCCAUCAACCAGAUAUUAAAUCUGAGAAACCACAAAUCAGUAACGAUCAACCAACUUUCGAAACUAAUGAUAGUAAACUUGAAGAUGCUGAAAAUUUCAUUGCUAAAGAUGAUAGUCAAACUUCAAUUUCUUCAUCAUCUCAACCUCAACAAGGUCAAUUAAAGAGAACUUUCUCUACUUAUUCUGUUAUUUGUAUUGGAUUUGGUUUAACUAAUUCUUGGUUUGGGAUUUCUGCUUCUUUAAUUACGGGUAUUCAAUCAGGGGGUCCAUUAUUGAUUGUUUAUGGUAUUAUUAUCAUUGCUUCUAUUUCUUAUUGUAUUGGUGUCACUUUAUCUGAAUUAUCAUCUGCUAUUCCAUCAGCUGGAGGUCAAUAUGUUUGGUCUAGAGUUUUAGCUCCAAAGAAAUAUUCCAGUUUCUUAGCUUAUCUUUGUGGUUCAUUUGCAUGGGCAGGAUCUGUUUUUACUUGUUCUUCAAUGGCUAUUGCUAUUGCUCAAGAAAUUAUGGGAUUUUGGGUUUUAAAUAAUCCUGAUCAUGUGGUUAAAAAAUGGCAAUUAUUUAUUAUUUAUCAAUUAGUUAAUAUUUUUAUUGCCCUUUUUAAUUGUUAUGGUAAAUGGUUACCUUAUUUAGGUACAGGAUGUCUUUAUGUUUCAAUCUUUUCAUAUGUGGUUAUUACCAUAACUGUAUUAGUUUGUUCAAGAGGUAAUUAUCAAUCAGCUGAUUUUGUAUUUUCAAAAUUUGAAAAUCAAACUGGUUGGUCAUCAUCUGGUAUUGCUUUUAUUGUUGGUUUAAUUAAUCCAAAUUGGUCUUUCAGUUGUUUAGAUUCUGCUUGUCAUUUAGCUGAAGAAACUCAAAAACCAAGAACUGAUAUUCCAAAAGCUAUUUUAAGUACGGUUACUAUUGGUUUUGUAACUGCUUUUACUUAUUCUAUUGCCAUGUUUUUCUGUAUUAAUAAUUUAGAGGCUAUUUAUAAUUCAUCAACUGGUAUGCCAAUCUUAGAUAUCUUUUAUCAAGCUUUAGGUAAUAAAGCUGGUGCCACUUGUCUUGGGGUAUUAAUCUUUUUAACUGCUUGUGGAUGUACUAUUAGUUGUCAUACUUGGCAAUGUAGAUUAUGUUGGUCAUUUGCAAGAGAUAAUGGUUUACCAUUUUCCAAAUAUUUAUCUAUUGUUCAUCCAAAAUUAGGUAUUCCAUUAAAUGCUCAUUUAUUUUCUGAAUUUUGGGUUGCUUUAUUAGGUUUACUUUAUCUUGCCAGUGAUGCUGCAUUUAAUUCUAUGGUUACUGGUUGUAUUACUUUCUUAUUAUUAAGUUAUUUAGUACCAACUGCUGCUUUAUUAUACAGAGGUAGAGAUAAUAUUAAACAUGGUCCAUUCUGGUUAGGUAAACUUGGAUUAUUCUGUAAUAUUAUGACUAUUGCAUGGGCUAUAUUUGCAUGUGUAUUCUUUUCAUUCCCAUUCACUAUGCCUGUUGAAGCUGGUAAUAUGAAUUAUGUUUCAGCUGUUAUGGCUCUUUACUUGGUUUGGGCUCUUGGUUAUUGGUUCUUCCCAGUUAAGAGAUUUUCAUGUAAACAAACUUUUGCUGGUGGUUUACAUAAUAAUGAAGAAGCUGAAUUCCCUGAAGUUUGUUUAACUGAUUUAUAA